AAGAGGGUAUUUUUUUAAAUCUUUUUAAACAAAAUCUCAAAAUGAAUCGAAUUUUAUCGAUAGCUUUUUAUAUAUUGGUAAGAAUUGCAUCAAUAAAAUCUAAUUCGUUGAUUCACGACGAAUAUGUGAAUUUAAUUUCUGAAAUUUACGACUGGAGUAAAUCAACAACGGUGACACUGUUACACUUUAACAGCAAUGACGAACUGUUUAAGAAAAAUUCAAUUUUUCAAAUGCAAUUUCUUCUAAUUAAGAAGAACAUUAGGGCUUCGGAUAUUAAUUUAGAGAAGGUGGCUUCUCUGGAAGAUGAAAGAAUCUAUAACUUCAAGGGUUUGAGAAAAGAUGACAAGGCAAUGAGUAUUUUUUUGUUAACAUCCAUGCACGAAUUGAAUGUGAUGAAAAAUUUUACUUGUUUAUUAACUAGAACAAAAAUAAUUUAUUUCGCUUUAUUCAUGGAGAGUGGAGAUUCUGUUUUAAGGGAAAUUUGUUUAAAACCAAUUGGCAAUCCUUUCGGCUUGAAUAAAGGAGUUUCUUUUCUCGUUAAAUGCCAUGACGAUAAUAUGAUUCGCGAAUGGCAUUCAAUUAAUGGCAACGAGACUGAAAUACACGAAAGGGGCAUUUGGAGUAAAGAAAGCGGAUUUAAUGAGACAUCGAAUGAAACAAUUGUCAAUGAUUACGAUAUUUUGAGUGGGAAAACUUUGUAUUCAAUUAUGUCUGUGGAAGACAAUGUUCAAGAAAAAUACUUUAACAAACUAAUUAGAUAUUUGGAAAAUGGUGGUAAUUGUACAAUUAAAAAAUUCGAGUCGAUGACUUAUUAUAAAAUUUACAAUCAAAGUUCAACUACUUGGAAUAAUAUGAAACAAUUGUUUUUUAAUGGAAGUCUCGAUCUCGGAAUGGGAUUUUUUUCCUAUGUGCCGACAAAUUUAAAAGAUUUCGAUUUUUCCGAACCACUCGCAAAAAUUCAAUUUGUCUUGAUAAUAAAAGCACCAACAAUUAAAGUAAAUAUCUCAUUUAACGCAUAUAUCAAGCCAUUCACACUUCGGUCAUGGAUAGCAUUUACAUUUAUCGUCAUAAUCAGUCUAACUAUUCAAGUUCUCAUAUUUUUCAAAUUAAAAACAAGUUUUUGUCGAAAAAUCAGUAUUAGAGACGAAAUUUUACAUAUUUUGGGAAUUUUCUUACAUCAAAGUAUACCAGAAUUUAAAAAACCCACAGCCUCAAAAGUACUACAAACUUCAAUUUCAAUGUUCAUUUUAAUCAUUAUAUCACUUUACACUGGAAGUUUCGUCAGUAAACUGACUUAUUCUGGUGUACAACUUCCAUUUAAUUCUGUAGAAGAAUAUGCGAAAGCCAAAUCACACAAGUUAAUUGUUUUUAAACACACUGCCAAUUAUUAUAAGUUAAAAAAUGCAACAACCUAUCCUUGGAAUGAAUUAAAUAAAUUACUAGUAAAAAAUGUCAGCCAACCGCAUUAUGCAGACGAUGCUAUAGAUAUGAUUUGCAAUGAUAAUGUGGCAUUAUUCACAGACGAACUAUUUUUCCAAAUGAUUCGAGAUGAUUCAAUAAAAUUUAAAUGCCGUUGUAUUGCAAUUGCAACUGGAGAAUAUCAUCCUGUUACUUUUAUUUUAAAAAAAAGUAGUCCUUACACUGAGACGAUGCGUAAAAUCAUACAGAAAUUGGAAAAUUUUGGAAUUCUCACGCGCCUGAAAAAUAAAGUGAUAAGAAAUAAAAAUUACAAUAAUUUUACAUCAAUUCCAUUUUAUGAAAGUAUAACUUUUAUUGAAACAAUAACACUUCUAGUUAUUGUGAUCGGAGGAGUUGCUAUUUCUGCUUUAAUAUUAUUUAUUGAAAAUAUUUACUCUUACUGUCGAAAGAAACUGCUGAACAUGAAGCAGAUUCAAGCGACAUUUCUUUUUAAACAAACUACUCGAUUAAUUCGACAUAAAAAGCCUUAGUACCUAUAUAUAUAUUAUAUUCGAUAUUAACAGUCGUAAAAUUUAUUAGUUUUAAAUCUUU